UCCUCUGAUGUCGUUCGGUGAACAAUAACAUCGGCCGCGUGAUUCUACUUGACGCUAAACAAAGUAGCGAGGUUGACCGAGCGUUGACUCGACGCUAAGGAGACGAUCCGUGACCAGCUUGCUCGUGCUCUUCCAUAGCUAGGGCAGUGCAGGAUAGUUCCCUGCGGUUGUGAAUGCAACUCGGUAUUAUCCCAAGCAUAUGACGGACAUCCGCGGUUUUAACGUUUUCCUCACUCAUCGGCAACAAGAAUUGGCCAGAUGAAGGUAAUCGUGCUGGUUAAACGAUGACGCUGCAUUGGAUUCAAUGGAUACCGAGGAAGAGAUAUUUUCUCCUCGCAACCACAGCUUGGACUCGAAUGUCAGACGGCCUAAGAGCCUGCGCAAGCUGAGGUCGCAUUCCGGUUCUAAUUCCCACAUAACUAGAAACAAUCUAAGUGUACGUCGCAGUACACGUAAUAGAAUGCAGACUUAUGACAAUCUCAAUACAAGCUGGAUUCUGGGAACGCAAACUUUGAAAGGAUAUCCUAUGUUUCAACAACACCCUUCUUCCUCGGAUAAAGAGAUGGUAGAUGAAGUCCCUGGUAGAAAACGCGAUGUUCGAGACCGUAUGCCCUUAAAAUCUCGUGAAAAUCAUCCACCUAAUAAAACUCCGACAAGACAUCUUAGGGAUAGAACAGAACAUGAUCGACAAAAUAGUAGGGAACUUCGAACUAGAGUUGAUCGUGAUCUCAAAGAAAGAACUGAACCGGAAAAGGAUAGCGAACAAACGAAACCAGCGAAUGAGGAGAAAGAUACUAGAACAAGAAAAUCUGAUAGCCCGAAUAGAUUUAGAGAAGGUCCUGUAACCAGAUUAUGCGGAAAUGUAGUUGAGAAAACUGAGAAGCCCAAAGUAGAGCCAGAGGAGGCAGAUGUUAGCUCACAUGAAAGUGAAAAACCAGAUAAUAAUGAUAAUGAUAAUUCAGAAAACGAAGACGGGUUUGAGGAUAUGUACACGCGCAUUAAGAGGACAAGGCGCACGACUCAACGACAACUGCCAAGAGUGGUGGAUAGUGAUCUAAGCGAAUCUUCGGAUUCUCCUGGGCCUAGAAAGUACAGUUUACGUCAAAAAAAGCCUACUGUAGAUAGGUUUCAAGCUAAUGUAGAGCCAGUUAGGCGUUCUAUUAGAGCUCUUAGAAGUGUUCUCAGUAAUUCGAUGAGAAGAAGGAAACAUAGAAGUAAGAGUACGAGUUCUGCUGAUUCCAGUGACUCCGAACCUCAACGUUAUGAUAAGAAGAAAGGCAAAAAAGCAAGACAAUCGGCCAUACCACAAGGCGGUCCACCAGAUCGAAAAGCUGACAUAAAUCCCAUUACCUUAGAUACUAACAUUAGAUUUAACGACGUUGGAGGUCUGGAAACCCAUAUUCACUGCCUUAAGGAGAUGGUCAUCUUUCCUAUGAUGUAUCCAGAUGUUUUUGAGAGAUACGACGUUACUCCACCGAAGGGUGUUUUGUUUCAUGGCCCGCCAGGGACUGGAAAGACACUAAUAGCUAGAGCACUAGCAAAUGAAUGCAGUCAAGGCAACAAGAAGAUGGCAUUCUUCAUGAGAAAAGGAGCGGAUUGUCUGUCAAAGUGGGUUGGAGAAUCAGAACGACAAUUGAGAUUAUUGUUUGAACAGGCUCAACAAAUGAAACCGUCCAUAAUAUUUUUUGACGAAAUAGAUGGUCUGGCACCUGUUAGAAGUACCAAGCAAGAUCAAAUACAUGCUAGUAUCGUAUCCACACUUUUGGCACUUAUGGAUGGUCUCAGUGAUAGGGGACAGGUUAUAGUUAUCGGUGCAACGAACAGAAUUGAUGCAAUUGAUCCAGCUCUGCGAAGACCUGGCCGUUUUGAUCGUGAACUCUUUUUUCCCCUACCGGCUAUGAAAGAGAGAUUAGAAAUCUUGAAAAUUCACGUUAGUAAAUGGAAAAAUCCGCCAUCCGAUCAAUUAUUGGAGAUACUGGCGGAAAAAGCAACUGGUUAUUGUGGCUCAGACUUGAGAGCUUUGUGCACCGAGGCAGUACUGCAGGGAUUACGGAGAACUUACCCACAAAUUUAUAUGACAAAUGACAGAUUACUGCUGGAUCCGGAGAGAGUUGAAGUAAAGAAACGUGAUUUUAUGCAAGCAAACGCUAUGCUCAUUCCAUCAUCACAUAGAGUAGCUCCAUGUGCAGGAAGAAAAUUGCAACCUUUUAUGGAACCGCUAUUAGCACCUCCAUUAGAAGAAUUACUUAAUUUAAUAAGAGGAAUAUAUCCUCAAGGUGUAAAUCCUGCAAUGGCAAAAAUGAGAAAUGCCAAAGGUAUCCAUCGCCCAAGAUUAUUAAUUUCGGGUGGCAGUCUGUCUGAGGGUCAGGGACCUCAUUUAGCUCAAGCAUUGCUAUAUUGCAUGGAACAUCUGCCAGUUCAGAUUUUAGAUGUCAGCACAUUGUUUGCUGAAAGUGCUCGAUCUCCGGAAGAAACUUGCGUGCAGGUAUUUAAUGAAGCGGUUAGGAAUGUACCGUCCAUAAUUUACAUUCGAUCGAUUAAUCAGUGGUGGCCUCUCGUGCCAGAAACAGUGAAAGCAGUUUUCCUGUGCCGUAUCGCAGCACUAGAUCCUUCCUUACCAAUUUUAAUUCUCGCAACGAGUGACGCAACGUAUCAAGAUCUUCCCGAUCAAUUAAAAAGCUUAUUCAGUGAAUUACGUGGAGAGGUGUAUUCUAUGAAGACUCCUACCACCGAACAAAGAACGAAAUUUUUCCGGCCCAUUUUUGUUAUUCAGUGUCUAAGACAGCCGCAGAUCAAAAGCAACAAAGUAGAGGUUUUAGAAACACUGCCAUUAGCGCCAGAUCCGUUGCCAAAGAAACUAACAGAAGAGGAGAAGCAGAUCAUGUACGAGAAAGAUGAAAUAUCUCUGAGAGAAUUACGAAUUUUUCUGAGAGAAAUAUGCGCUAAAUUAGCGAGAAAUCGACAAUUUUUCAUGUUUACAAAACCGGUGGACACGGAAGAAGUACCGGACUACAAUCUAAUAAUAAAGCAGCCUAUGGAUCUAGAAACGAUGAUGACCAAGAUCGAUAUGAACUGCUAUUUAUGCGCCCGCGAAUUUCUUGACGAUAUUGAUCUCAUAUGUAGGAACGCUCUAGAAUAUAACCCAGACAGACAUCGAGCGUGUUCUUUGCGUGAUAACGCUUAUGCUUUAAUAAAAGCUGAAUUGGACUCUGAUUUCGAGGACAAGUGUCGUGAAAUAUCGAAGAAUCGUCGAAUUUUAGAAAGCAAUUGUGAUAAUGAUGAAAGCAAAAAUUCCAAGCUGGAAUCUAAUUCCACGAACGAACGAACAGACAAAAAGGAGUCUAUAAAUUCUAGUCACUCUCUCGUUGUGAACGGAAAGAAAUUCGGUAGUUCGAGGAAGCGUAAAAUACCCGCUUGGGCUCGCGGUUAUGUAAAGAAGGUUCAAAAGAAGAGGAAGAUCGCUUUCGAGGAGAAUGUUACUGAAAUAGUUGCGAAUAAAUCAGCAAGCAAUGAAACUACUAGUAUUGAUCUAGAAAAAUUUCAAGAAUUCGAAACUGAGGCGAAUAACGUUUUGAAUGGGCAUAUGGGAUUGUUUGAUAAUACUGAUUCAGAGAAUGAUUCGCAAAAUGAAAAUUCAAAGGGAAGUCAAAACUGCACUAUAACCGAUCAACGAAUAGAUAAUCUUGAUCAAAUGGAAAUAUGCUUCAUAGAGGAAGACAAACCAAUGGUGAAUGGACUUGCUCAAGGAAGUGGAAAAGUUUACAGAGUACAAGUCACAACGUCAGUAGAGUAUAAUACACACCGAAUUCUUGAAAAAGACAAAAAAAUGUCUGCCACGAUGAAAGAUUUCUCCUGCAUCGGAGGGCUGGAAAAACAUAUUAGAAUUGUGAAGGAGAUGGUCCUAUUCCCAUUGAUGUAUGGGGAUGUAUACGCUAAAUUCAAUCUCAGACCACCACGUGGUUUAUUGUUCCAUGGCCCUCCAGGAACGGGAAAGACUCUAGUAGCCAGUGCAUUAGCAACAGAAUGCAGCAAUUCCGAACGUAAGGUCUCCUUCAUCUCGCGCAAAGGUUCUGAUUGUCUUAGCAAAUGGGUCGGAGAAAGUGAGAAGAAGCUCGAAAAGAUUUUUUCCCUGGCACAACAAACAAAACCAUGCAUCAUUUUUUUCGACGAAGUCGAUGGUCUCGCGCCUGUGAGAUCUAGUCGGCAGGAUUUUGUUCAUGCCAGUGUUGUUUCCACUCUUUUGGCCCUGAUGGAUGGUCUGGAUAACAAUUCCGAGAUCAUAGUGAUAGGCGCGACUAACAGAAUUGAUGCGAUAGAUCCCGCUCUGAGGAGACCCGGCAGAUUUGACAAAGAACUGUAUUUCCCUCUGCCUUGCUACAGCGCCAGAAAAGAGAUACUUUCGGUGCAUAUUAAAAGCUGGAAGCAGAAACCAGCGCAAAAAUUCUUAGCGAAUCUGGCAUCGAAAACGCUAGGAUUCUGCGGCAGCGAUCUACAGGCUCUUUGUGCUGAAGCAGUUAUGUGCUCCGUUCGUAGAAAUUAUCCACAGAUCUAUAAUUCCAAGUCUAAGUAUCACAUCAAUGAACGCCAUCUCAAAGUGGAAAAAGAAGAUUUCUUGAAGGCACGCCAAAACAUCGUUCCUGCGUCGCAUCGCAUUAUCAUUGCCCCAAUUAAGAACUUAUCCUUCAGAAUCCAACCGUUGUUGCACGAGGAUUUGACGGGAAUCCUAUCGCGUUUACAAACACUUUGUCCAACUGGCAUGCUGACUUCCGAUAACAUUAUAGGUAAAGCCAUGUCCAAAUCGAGCGGCUGUCCGCGAAUUUUGCUGUGCGGUGAAGAUGAUUCCCACACUCGUCAUCUAGGCCCGGCAUUGCUGCACACCCUGGAACACUUGCCAUGUCACAUCUUGGACGUUACGACGUUGUUUGAGGAAACGGGCAAGGCGGCUGAAGAAGCCAUGAUACAAAAGAUCAAAACCGCGCGACACACCCUACCAGCGUUGCUGUAUAUGCCCGGGGUCUUGACCUGGUGGGAUCUGGUGGAUGAAACGGCGAGAAUUGCAGAAUUGUAUGACAAUAAUCGUGGCGAAAUAUACGAAGUGAAAUCGCCUUCGCCACAAAAGCGACAUUUCUUUUUCAAACAGUUGUUCAAUGGAAAAUCCGACAGUCUUUCUGAUUGUUCUUCGCAAGCGGAUCUGACGCCAAUCUCGUGCUCGAAGAAACUCAAGGGUGAGAACAGGAAGCUGAAGAAUCAUAUACACUCUACUGACUCCAGUGGAGUACUAGGAACGAACAUCAAGAGAGAAUACAAUGCGUCCGGGGAAGGUCCGUCAUCCAAACGGCAGAGAUUAACGUCCAGCGCCUCUUCGGCUCCGUCUAGCACUGAGAGAUUGUACACCUCGCAAAUCGAGGACUUGGUCGAAACGAUUGUCAGAUCAACCGACGAAUGGCCGAGUUAUCUAUUGGAGAGCCUGUUCUCUUCCCUCGAGCUCGCAAUGGAGAACAACGGAGAUCUAUGCGCGACGGUGAAUGAAUACGUCACUCGUUAUGAAGAAUUGAAACGGGUCAAAAUGCGGAUAAAGCAAGAAAAGGAUUAA